UUUGUUGCAUCAUCUUCGUUGUCUGCUUCAAUCCUCCAUUUUCAUCACUUUUCCCUUUCAAAUUCAAUGUAAAAUUCUGUUUUUUUUUCAAAGUCAAAAAAUCAAACUCUGUUAUUUUUCAGGUGGAGGCAUAAGUUUUUUAUUUUUUGGUAUAUAAUACAUGUUAGGAACUGUGUUUUAAUUAAUUUGUUGGCUCUGGCUUAGCCUUCAUUAAGUUUAUUCACAACAUUUCUCCAUUUUUAUCGUUAAACUGUACAUAAAUUAAUCAAAAAUUACCACACAAAAAGAAUCACCAAUUGAUCGCCGGUUCCAUUCCGGCGAUCAAAUACCAACCCUGUCAACAACAUUUCGCUGCCUGAAGAUUAAAUGGGAUCAGGCAGCGGAAAAAGAAGAAAGAAUUCAUCAAGACGUGGUGUUAGUGCAGACAACAAUGAAAGUGUAAGGAAAUCAAAUGUACAACAUCAAGAAGUACUAAAAUUAGAAGUUGUUGAUGGUAAACAUAUUAAAAAAUCAUCAAGACAAGAAUCAUACGCUGAUCAAGAAGGAGAAUUAAUUUUCCAAUCAAAUUUAAAUUCACCAACUUCUACUUCUUCAUUAUCCUUAAAUUUGUUACCUUCAUCUACUCAUCCGUCCGUAUCGAUAAAUUACGUACCUUCGUCUUCUCAUUCAUCUUUGUCUAUAAAUUUACCACCUUUCUCGCAUUCGUCUCUGUCUGUUAGAUUACAUUCUUCUCCUUCUAGUCACUCCGAAACCUCGUCUUCCGCUUCAUCAAAUAUGAUUCCGCAGUUUAAAAGCGACGAUAUUAUUGAUGACGAAGAUGAAGAUGAUGAUGACGAAGAGGAGGAAGAUGAGGACGACGAUGAUGAAGAAGAGGAAGAAAUAAAUGCAUGUGCCAUGCAUGACAAGAGAUUUAGGUUAAGGAAAGGAUGUCAUCAUCACACAUUGACAUGUCCGGUUCUUGAUUUUAUCCACCGGGAAGAAACAUAUCCAUUAAUGGAAAUAGAUUCAACGAUGAAUAUUCCUCCGGUGAUGCAAGUAAUGCAUCCAACAGGAGGAGAAGAAGACGAAGAAGAAGAAGCAGAAGACGAAGAAGAAGCAGAAGAAGAAGGGUAUGAUCCUUCUCGAAUUCCGUCGUCUGUGUUUGAGGUGAAAGAGCAUUCAUCGCCGGUCGAAUGGAGUGUUGCUUCGAAUGACUCAUUGUUUAGCCUUAAAUUAGGGAAAAGUAAUAGUUUACCUAGGGAAGCCAUUUUGACACUUGCCCAACAAGGAAGUGCAGAAUUUGCUUUUACUCCGCCACCUCCCAUUAAAAUGGUGGACGAUAUAGCCUCCGACAUGGAAAGACUUGAGGCAGCCGAUAAAGUCGUCCAUAUCGGUGAUGAGAUCAAAAUUGACGCAGCCGAAAAUAUAGAGAGAAAUGAUAAGAAGAAGAAGAAACAACCAUCUCCAAUUUCAUGUGGGAGUGGAGAUAGCGCGGCCACUUUCGCGUUCCCAAUCUUAGAAGAUGAGAAAAAAGCGAUAAGCAGUCCAGAACCAAUUGGUGCGAAGCAGCAUUUGCAGGAUUAUGCACUAACUGAACAGCAACCCAAACCACCUCCAUUAUUACCUCCGCCAUCACCUCUGCCAUCACCACCGUCACCAUCACCAUCACCACCACCACCACCAGUUGCCAUUUCUAUCCCCGAAGCAAAAAUAAAAUCAAAAUCAAAAGCGAAAGCGAAACCAAAACGCUGCUGGUUUUGUUGCUUUUUUUCGUGUAGCUCUUGGAAUUGUUCCCCAUGUCGCUCUUGUUGUUCUUCUCUGAUCCCAUGCAGCCGUAGUUCUUCGUGUCGUCGGCGUAGCUGUUUUCCGUCUCGUCCCUGUUGCUGUAUUUCAUGCAACCCAUGCUGCUGUGUUCCGCCCCGCCCCUCAUGUAGCUGUUUUUCAUGCCGCCCCUGUAGUUGUUUUCCAUGCAGCUCAUGCAGCUGUUCGCCGUUUCGUAUCUGCCGAUGUUCGUCUUGUAAUCCAUUGAGCUGUUUUUCUUGCGGUUCUGGCAGUUGCUGUUGUUUUCGUCGUCGUAAUCGUCGUGGCCGUCGUCGUUGUUGUUGAACUUAUACAAAACGAAAGUUCUGUUUGAUGGACUGCAAGUACUUAAUUAAAAUGCAGAACCUACCAUUGCAUGUUUCGUUUUGUUUUCAUUUCAUUAGUUCGAUAUAAGUAAUUAGUUAAGUCCAAAUUUUGGGGGAAUUUCCCUCUUUAUUUGUUAGGAUCAUUAAGUUUCAAUAUUUUAAAUUUUUAUAUGGUGAUUUUGAUGCUGUUUGUUGGAGGACUGCCACUUUUUGUAAUUUAUUUAUUGGCGAAGUGGCUACU